AUGACGGCCAAGGUGUUCAACGUUGGCGUCGUGGGUUAUGGGCUGUCCGCCAAAGUCUUCCACAUCCCCUUCAUCGCCACCACGGCGCAGCUCCAGCUCCACAGCAUCGUCCAACGCUCCCCGAAGCAGGGCAGCUCGGCGCCCCAAGACCACCCCGAGGCCAAGCAUUAUAGCGACGUCGAGGCGCUACUCGCCGACGCCGACGUAGACGUCGUCGUCAUCACCACUCCACCCGACACCCACUUUGCGCUCACCAAGGCGGCCCUCGAGGCGGGCAAGCAUGUGCUGACAGAGAAGCCCUUUGUGCCGACAUCGGCCCAGGCGGACCAGCUCAUUGCCCUGGCCCGGGACAAGAAGCGCCUCAUAUGCGUGUACCAGAACCGCCGCUGGGACUCGGACUUUCUGACCGUCAAGCACCUGCUCGCCAACAAGGCCCUGGGCCGCAUCGUCGAGUUCAACACGCACUUUGACCGCUACCGCGCCACCGCCCCCGCCAACUGGAAGGGCGAGCUGGGCAUCCCCUCGGGCGGCAGCGCUCUCUUCGACCUGGGCACCCACCUCGUCGACCAAGUCUACGUGCUCUUCGGCAUGCCGCAGGCCGUCCACGGGCGGCUCCUCUCCCAGCGAUACGGCAAGGCUGACUUGACCAACCCCGACUCCGUCUCGGCCGAGUUGACGUAUCCCGACGGCAUGCUCGUCCACGUCCGCAUGGGCGUCCUCAGCGCCGAGACGAUCCAGCCGCGCUUCUGGGUCCGCGGCUCCCGCGGCAGCUUCCACAAGGUCGGCCUCGACCCGCAAGAGGACCAGCUCAGGGCGGGUGGGAAGCCGACCGACGGCGACUUUGGCAAGGAGGAUGCUGGCAGGAUGCGCCUGGUGCUCGUGGGCGACGACAACUCAAUAAAGGAGACCAGGGCGCCCGAGCUCGAGCCUGAGACGUACAAGGUCUUUUAUGCGGCGUUUGGCAAGGCCGUCGAGAGCGGUGCCGAGAGUGACGUGCCCGUCAAGGCCACCGAGGCGAGGGAUGUGCUGCGCAUCCUCGAGGCCAUCAUCGAGAGCGCAAAGACGGGGCGCGAUGUCUGUUUCUGA